ACCGGGAAGAAAGAAAAAAGAGAAAGAGAAGAGCAAAAACCAAGGGACUGGAAUUUCCUGCAAUUCAUGAUUCUCUGAUUCCCUCUUGUGGGAUCAGAGGAUCAUCAUCUCCCAACUUCUACCAUUUAUAUUACCAUAACAAUUAUAUUAUUAUAAAAAUGAACCAAAAAAAUCUUUAAAUAAAUGCACAAUUGAUUGUUCAUCAUCUCAACUUAUUAUUCAUAUAUACAUGUACCAUCUCCAUUACCAUCAUGAACUCAAGCUUGUAACAAAGCAUUUAAUAUUUUUGGUGAAAUAAUAUAUGGUUGAAGGAGAAAUGGAGGGUUGGCUUCAUAUCAUUCGUUUCAAUAGGUUUGGUUUGCAAUAUUCACGCAAAAGGUACUUCAUUCUUAAGGAUCAUUCUCUUACGAGCUUCAAGACCAUACCCAUUUCUCAAAAUGAGGAACCAGUCAAAAGUGCAAUAAUAGACUCAUGCAUUCGGGUUACAGAUAAUGGAAGAGAGAGUAUUCAUAGAAAAGUCCUCUUUCUCUUUACACUUUACAAUACAUCCAAUCAUAGUGAUCAGCUUAAGUUGGGGGCUAGUAGUCCAGAGGAAGCAGCAAGAUGGAUUCGAUCUCUUCAAGAUGCUGCAUCAAAGGAAUGUCAAGACAAUUUUGUGGCUUGUUCCAAGAGAAAAUGGCCAUCUAUGAGAUUGGGUGGUUCCAAGAGACCACACCAAAAACCCUCAAUAGACUGGACAUUUCAUUCAACUCUUAAUACAGAGGCAAUGGCAUCUGAUGUUAUUGCUCCCUCACCAUGGAAAAUUUUCGGUUGUCAAAAUGGCUUGAGGCUUUUCAAGGAAUCAAAAGAUUGGGAUUCUCGUGGGAGACAUUGGGAUGACCAUCCAGCUAUAAUGGGAGUAGGCUUAGUUGAUGGAACUUCAGAGGGGAUUUUCCGUACUCUCAUGUCUCUUGGCUCCUCAAGAUCAGAAUGGGAUUUCUGUUUCUACCGGGGCAGUGUGGUGGAGCACCUUGAUGGCCAUACAGAUAUAGUUCACAAGCAAUUAUACAGCGAUUGGCUACCUUGGGGCAUGAAACGAAGAGAUUUACUGUUGUGUCGCUAUUGGAGAAGAGAGGACGAUGGAACAUAUGUAAUUCUUUACCAUUCAGUGUUUCACAAGAAGUGUCUACCACAGAAAGGCUAUGUCCGUGCUUGCCUUAAAAGUGGAGGAUUUGUUAUAACACCUGUGAACCAAGGGAAACAAUCACUUGUAAAACACAUGCUUUCUAUUGAUUGGAAGUAUUGGAAGUUAUACUUGCGUCCAUCAUCUGCUAGAUCAAUAACCAUCCGUAUGGUUGAAAGACUCGCCGCACUAAGAGAGCUGUUUAGAGUCCAAUCUAAAGAUUCCUCUAAACUCUUAGCUGAAGAAUUGAAAAGAGAGAAUGGACUGCCAAGAAGUACUGAAAAGGAAGAACUCAAGAGUGAAGAUACUAGGAAGACGGAUGAGGCUUCUUCGGUGGAAGAUGAGAUGGAUAAAGUAGUUUCUGGCCGUAAAAGCUUGAUGGAUUUGAAUGAUGCAGCAGAUGAGUUUUUUGAUGUUCCUGAACCUGAACCAACAGAAUAUGACCAAUAUGAGAAUGAAUGGCAAUCAGAGCUGAGUGGAGGAGAGAACUCUCCGAACAUAAUUCAGCCCAAACUCUCAUCAGCUGCUGUUUUUGUGAAAAAAUUUCAAGACCUCAGAGCUCAGAAGAAGGGUUAUAUGGAUUUACAAGAAGUAGCUAGGGAAGACAGCAUAUCAUGUUUUUAUGGAGCUACUCUUCUCAAGGACCCAACUUGCGCUUUACCUGGAAGUUGGGCAGAAGGUGAUCCUUCAUUGUUUCUAAUACGUGGACCAAAUUAUUUACAAGACCAUCAAAAGGUCAAGGCAAAAGGCACCUUAAUGCAAAUGGUUGGUGCAGACUGGAUGAAAUCGAACAAGCGAGAAGAUGAUCUUGGUGGCCGACCUGAUAGUAUUGUUCAGAAGUUUGCAAAUCUAGGUUCACCAGAAUUCUUCAUUGUUGUCAACUUUCAAGUUCCGGGUACACCUAUGCAUACCUUGGCUUUUUAUUACAUGUUGAAAACUCCUCUAGAAGAGAAUCCUUCCUUACAUAGCUUUGUCAAUGGAGAUGAUGCCUAUAGAAAUUCAAGAUUCAAGCUCAUCCCAUACAUUUCUCAGGGAUCAUGGAUUGUCAAGCAAAGUGUAGGAAAGAAAGCUUGUUUGAUAGGCCAUGCACUCGAGGUACAUUAUUUUCGAGGAAAGAACUACUUGGAGGUUGAAGUUGAUGUGGCAUCUUCAACAGUGGCAAGGGGAGUGGCCAAUCUUGUUCUUGGCUACCUCAGCAAUUUGGUCAUAGAAAUGGCAUUUUUGAUACAGGCUAAUACAGAAGAUGAGCUUCCUGAAGUCUUACUUGGAACAUGUAGACUUAACCAUUUAGAUGUAUCCAAAGCUGUUUUGAGUAAUUCAACCUGAAAUAUUUUGUUCAUAGAUCAUUAUUGUGAAGGGCAGAAGUCAAAGUUUGACUUUAGUCCUAAAGAGAUGCUGAUGAAAUACAUUAUACUACAGUGCCAUGUACAGACUUUUUUAUCUCUUUACAAUCAAAUCAAAUUGAAAGUGGUAACAAUCUACCACUGUGUACUUGGGUUUCACUAA